AUGCAACCUCUCAUCUUGCUUCUCGCAACAACACUCGCGCUUGCACAAGACCAGCCACUUCUCACUGUACCUCCUACCCCACCUGAGCCUUCUGAGGUGAAUCCGGUAACAACAGUAACGUCAAGUUCUACCUCUGUGGUAAGCUACGCUACCAGCGUUGUUGAAUUCAAGACAACCCUAGAUGAUGGCAGUGUCAGCUUGGUAACUAUUGUCACAAAGCCUCCAGGACCACCAGAAACAAGUGUCGUUAUCGUUACCACCACAAGAAGAAGGACCUCGACAGUAUUUCAAGUUCAGUCUUCCACGACCGCCGGUUCUAUAUCGAGUUCAACCGUGAGCCCUUCGACUUCCCCAAAUAAGACCUCAGCUUCAUCAACAUCUACAACUCCUGGAGUUUCCACCUCUCCCACAACCAGCGACACUCCACCACCAGCAAAGAAAGGCAUUGGAACAACAAGCAUUGUGCUCAUUGUCUUCGGUAUCCUCGCCGCAUUCGCCAUGGCAGGAUCAGCAGCAUAUUUCAUGAAGAAGCGACGUACUCGCGAGGAGAUGGAGGAGCGUAACGCUGCAUACAGAAACCGUGAUUGGAACAGCGCUCGACCGGUCAUAUCCUCACCGCUCAACCCUGCCACUCUCGCUGAGUUGGACAACAUGGUCAUGAUUCCUCGAUCAAUUAGCCCUUCCAACAAACCUCCCAGUCGACCAGCACGACCUGCCAGCCUGUCCGAGUCCGUACAAGAGACCAUGAGAGUGACGCCUGUGUCUGGAAUGAGAAAAAAAGCAACUGGUUCUGCUCUUUCAGGAGGCACAUCGGCCACACUGAUGUCUGGAGCGAGAUCUAUGAGCCCUGAUCCUCUAAAUAUUGUCAAAAAAGGCAACUUGAAUCGAGAUAGGUCGGGCACGAACUCCAGCACGGCUCCCCAGUUCGGAGACUACCACACCCGCAGUCCAUCAGGAUCCGAGCCAUCCCAACUCGAACAGCUGCAAGAACUAGAGCAUGAGUUGGUGGAAGAGUCCCGCACUGGCAAGCUGACUGAGAAUCCUACCUAUGUGAACACCGAACCAGUGAGACUCGAAAAUCAUGGAAAACCUGCUGGCGACUCUGGCCGUGGGAGUCCCUCGCCCCCUAUUAUUCUCUCCGAAAGAGCUGUCGCCAGUCCCCGCGAACACAGAUUCUCUGAUCCCGAUGAAGAUGACGAAGACGUACGCGCAGCUCGUCGAGCUUCUGCCCAGCGAAAGCUUGACGGCACUUCCCUCCGCUCGACAUCUACCUCGCCGCCUAUGUACGACUCAAUCGCCGCUCGGGCAGAGAAGCAAAGACUCAUUGCGCAGAAACAGAGGUUGAUUGCUGAGCAGCAGAAGAAAAUGGGUGGGAAAGAGAAGAACAUCACGGACUUCAGUGCUGGAGCGAUGCCGACUUACUCUCCUCCUCCACCCUCUGGCCCGCAUCCUAAGGGAUACUUCUGA